AUGUUUUGGAAAUUCUCAUUGGACGAGGAGAGGAGGCUGCACAAUAUAUUUUGGUGUGAUGGUACUAGCCGACAUGACUAUAGUGUGUUUGGGGAUGUUCUGGGGUUCGACGCAACUUAUGGGAGGAAUAGGUACAAGUGUCCGCUUGUAAUAUUUUCGGGUUUGGAUCAUCACAUGCGGACUGUGGUAUUCGGUUGUGCAAUUCUGAGCAACGAAGUAGAGAAAAGUUAUGUCUGGUUGUUGCGAGCAUUUCUUGAGGCAAUGAAAGGACAAGAACCGAAAUCUGUGUUGACCGAUGGAGAUUUGACAAUGAAGAAUGCAAUUAAUGCUGUCUUUCCAAAUGCACAUCACAGGCUGUGCAGCUGGCACCUGCUACAAAAUGCGACUGCCCGCAUUGGCCGGCCCAUGUUUCUUCGCAAGUUCCGAGUUUGCCUGAUGGGUGACUUAGAGGUAGAUGAGUUUGAGAACCUAUGGAGCGAUAUUGUGGAAGAGUUUGGGUUGCAACAAAACCCGUGGAUACUAGAUAUGUAUGAACGCAAGCAUAUGUGGGCUAAUGCGUAUAUUAGAGGAAAAUUUUUUGCUGGGCUGAAGACGACGUCUCGAUGUGAGGCAUUGAACAUGCAGAUUGGGAAAUUUAUUGGGAACGGAUACAAUCUACAUGAAUUUAUUGAGCAUUUUCAGCACUAUCUCGAGUUCAUGAGAAGAAGAGAGCUAGUCGCCGAUUAUAGAUCUGUGUAUGGGCAACCUAUUUUUAAGUCGAAGUUGGAGGCCUUGGAAAGCUAUGCAGCAAUAGUAUACACGAAAGAUGUUUUUGAACUAUUCCGGGAGGUCCUCCUUUUGUCUAGCAAUGUAAGAGUUGUAUCUUGCAAGAAAACUAGCACGUGUUCCCUGUUUGAGGUUACCAUGUACUGCCGGGACCGGUCCUGGAGUGUGGCUUGGGACAAGGCGGAUGACGAAUUUACUUGCUCAUGUUUGCGUAUGGAAUCAUUUGGCAUUCCUUGUGUGCACAUGGUGGGGGUGUUUGUUUAUCUGAACAUCACUCAGCUUCCGGUGAAGACCAUAUGCGAACGAUGGACGAAGAAGGCCAAGCAAGCGGCAGUGGACCCAUCUGGACAGGUAGGCGAGAUUCCUGAUGCUGCGUAUAUGAGCAUGCACGCAGCUUUGCUAAAUGAUUGUAGAGAGUUAAUCAAGUUGGCCUGCCAGUACUUUGAAGACUACUCUGAACUGAAAUCCAUGAUACGAAACCAAAGUAAUGUGUUGAGAGAGAAGCAUCGGUUAAGGGUUAGCAUAGCUGAUUGCGGAGAAAAGGUAUCCGUUCGCGAUCCGCUGCGGGCGAGACAUAAGGGAUGCGGCCAACGAGGGUUAACUGCUAGGGAAAAAACUCGGCGUGUGCAACGUUGCAGUAAGUGUGGUAAAGCUAGCCAUAACUCCAGGAAGUGUGCGGAGUUCGGAAGCGAAAGGCGCAGGGGCAUGGCCACAGCGAUGGAGGGUUGGGAGAACACGUCGGCGGCAAAGGAGGGUAACUACACGGAUGAAAUGAAUGUGAGUGGCAUUUACAUUUUACAAGAAAGUUAUCUGAAUUUGUGUGUUGCUUAUUUCGGUAUGACAUGA